UCCUGCCCAAGCCGAAGAAGAAGAAGAACCCUCUGGAGUUUGAGCGGGUGUUUCUCGACGCCCUUCCCUGCGCAGAGAUGUACGAGAAGAGUUACAUGCAUCGCGAUGUCGUGAGCCACGUGGCAGCUUCUGGGAUGGACUUCUUCAUCACGGGGAGCAGGGACGGGCACCUCAAGUUUUGGAAGAAGAAGGCGGUCGGGAUCGAGUUCGUCAAACACUUCCGGUCGCAUCUCGGGUCCAUUGAUGGGCUGGCCGUGAGCGCCGACGGCUUGCUCUGCGCUACCAUCUCCCACGACAAGGCUGUCAAGAUCUACGACGUGAUUAAUUACGACAUGAUGGCGAUGAUCAGGCUGCAGUUCAUUCCGGGGGCGGUGGAGUGGAUUUUCAGGCAGGGGGAGGCGCUGGCGAAACUGGCGGUAUCCGACAAGGAAUCCGCCCAGAUUCAUAUCUACGACGCAAGAUCGGGAAGCAAUCAACCGCUGAGAACGGUCGCGAUCCACAGGGGCCCCCUGCUGCUGAUGAGGUACAAUCCGAUCAACGAUGUGGUGAUCUCCGUCGACGGAAAGGGCACGUUGGAGUACUGGUCCGGUGCUACGUGUCAGUUCCCCACGACGGCGAGCGUGAAGUUCAGGUUCAAGACGGACACGGAUCUGUACACGCUAUCGAAGGUCGGGACCUCGGUCAGCUCGCUGGAGGUGAGUCCCGACGGCAGGCAGUUCGUGAUCAUGUCCCCGGACAGGAGAGUGCGAGUGUUCUGGUUCGCUACGGGGAAACUUCGUCGAACGUACGACGAAUCUUUGGAGGCGGCGCAGGAUCUGCAGCGCAGCGAGGCGGAGAUGUUCAAGCUGGAUGCCAUCGACUUCGGCCGUCGGAUGGCCGUCGAGAGAGAGAUCGAGAAGGCGGCGGAGGAGGGCGCCCCCGCGCCCACCGCGGUCUUCGACGAGAGCAGCAACUUCAUCCUCUAUCCCACCCUCCUAGGCAUCAAGGUGGUCAAUCUGCACACCAAUCGCUGCGUGAGAGUGAUCGGCAAGCAGGAGAACACGGAGAGGUUCCUGCGCAUCGCGCUCUACCAGGGCUCGAAGAAGAAGCUGAAGCGUGUGACGACGGGCGCCGCCAACGUGGCAGAUAACAAGGAGCCCGUGGUGGAUCCAACCCUAAUUUGCUGCGCGUUCAAGAAGCACAGGCUGUACCUGUUCAGCCGGAGAGAGCCAGAGGAGGCAGAGGACGCAUCGAAGGGUAGGGACGUGUUCAACGAGAAGCCGCCGCCGGAGGAGCUCCUUGCACUGUCCGACAUAGCCAAGACGGCAACCACCUCCCUCCCAGAGAAUGCCGUCCUCCACACCACUCUCGGAGAUAUCGUCAUCAAGCUCUACCCGGAGGAGUGCCCUAGAACGGUUGAAAACUUCACCGUUCACAGCCGCAAUGGGUAUUACGACGGCUUGAUCUUUCAUAGGGUAAUUAAAGGGUUUAUGAUCCAGACCGGAGACCCCCUCGGGGAUGGCACCGGGGGGCAAUCAGUUUGGGGGGGGGAGUUUGAAGACGAGUUCCACAAGAGCCUCCGUCAUGAUCGACCUUUCACAGUCUCCAUGGCUAAUGCUGGACCGAACACGAACGGCUCCCAGUUCUUUAUCACGACCGUAGCCACGCCCUGGCUGGACAACAAGCAUACGGUGUUUGGAAGAGUGACCAAAGGCAUGGAUGUCGUGCAGGGCAUAGAGAAGGUCAAGACAGAUCGGACAGACAAACCUUAUCAGGAUGUCAAAAUAUUGAAUGUAACUGUCACGCAAUGAACAUGAUCGAAAGAAGAAGAAGAAGAAGAAGAAGAAGAAGAAAAAGAAGAAGAAGAAGAAGAAGAACGGAGAUGGAGAAGAAGAAGAAGAAUGCAAGAAGAAGAAGAAGAAUGCAAGAAGGAGAAGAUCUCUCUCUCUCUCUCUCACAUACACACACACACACAUACCAACACACACAUACCAACACACACCAACACACACACCAACACACACACCAACACACACACUACAACACACACACACACACACACACACACACACACACACACACACACACACACACACCAACACACACACACACACACACCCCAACACACACACACACAAUGCAACAAGAAGAAGAAGAAGAAGAAGAAGAAGAAGAAGAAGAAGAAGAAGAAAGAAAAAUGGAAUUGGAUUGGGUCGUUGAAGAGUUGAGAAAAAAAAGAAAAGAAAAAAGAAGGGAAAGGAAAUUGGAAGGAACAUAAAGAAAAAGAAAUUGGGUCGUUUGAAAGAGGACACAAACGUUGCCUUCAAAGU